CGACGGAGAGCGCCGUUCCCGUGUGGUGUGUUCCGUGUAUUUGAACGGGUAUCACGCCUGAUCCGCGCUCAUUCGCAGAUUCGCAGCCAACCAAGCAAGCAAGCAAGCCAGCCAGUCAGCAAGCAAGCACCUGUGUGCCACCUGCCCUCCCUUGCUUUGGCGAGUGUCACGUACUCGGAGGACGGACGACGGACUAGCAGCAGCAGCAACAGCAGAAGCCAACAGAACAGAACAUCUAUCGAACACUUCCGCGCGCGCAUUUCCGCGUGUUCGCUGGUGUGUCUGUGUGUUGUACGUGUGCAUGUGCAUGUGAGUUGUUAGUGUGCCUCGUAGUGGUGUCGCGGUCAUUGUGGUGUACUCGGUUUCGGGAACUGUGCGUAGUACCGUCCAGUAGUAUACAGUGGACUGCUUUAAAGUGAGACACGGUUCUGCCAAGCGAGAGACUUUGGAAUAAAGGAUUUAUCGGCAUCCAGCAGCAGCAACAGGAGCAGCAGCAACAGUGGAAGCAACAACUCGCCAUCGCGUCUCUCUCGAAAUCUUUCAAGUUGCAGUUCUCCAGCGGAUCCCUCGACUGCUUUCCUCAGCGUAGCGCGUAGCCCAAACCCUGUAGAAGGAGCAACAGCAGCAGCUAGCAGUGUGUUACGUUCGUUCGCCGCGCACAAGCAAACCGCACAAAACCACACAAAAUGGCCUUAAUUAUGAAAUACAUCGACAGUAUGCAUCACUACAUGGAUAAGUUCGGAGAUCCCCGGACGAAAGAUUGGCCCCUGAUGUCGUCGCCGCUCCCAACCCUAGCGCUAUGUUUAGGAUAUGUGUACUUAGUCAAAGUUCUGGGUCCUAGGCUAAUGGAAAACCGUAAACCGUUCCAGCUCAAAAACACCCUCAUAGUGUACAACUUCAUCCAAGUCGUAUUCAGUGCCUGGCUGUUCUAUGAGUGUCUGAUGGGCGGAUGGUGGGACACGUACAGUUUCCGCUGCCAGCCAGUCGAUCAUGGUACCACCGGACAAGCGAUGAGAAUGGUGCAUGCCUGCUGGUGGUAUUACUUCUCAAAGUUCACCGAAUUCUUCGACACGUUCUUCUUUGUGCUGCGCAAAAAGAGUAGUCAAGUGUCUACAUUGCACGUCAUUCACCAUGGAUGUAUGCCAAUGUCGGUAUGGUUUGGUGUAAAGUUCACUCCAGGUGGUCACAGCACAUUCUUCGGCCUUUUGAACACGUUCGUACACAUAGUUAUGUAUACUUACUACCUGUUUACUGCCCUCGGACCGCAAUUCCAGAAGUACCUGUGGUGGAAGAAGUACCUUACCGCCCUACAGAUGGUCCAGUUUGUUGCGAUCAUGGUACACGCUUUCCAACUGUUGUUCAUCGAUUGCAACUAUCCGAAAGCUUUCGUCUGGUGGAUCGGUAUGCAUGCUGUGAUGUUCUUCUUCCUGUUCAACGAGUUCUACCAGAGCACCUACAAAGCCCAAAAGCUGAAGCGAGAAGCGGCCAACAGGAAGCGGGAGGCCGAUGCGCUGUUGCUAAAGCAGCAGCAACAGCAGCAGCUAGCAAACGGUGGCACCCAUACGGCCAACGGUUCUGCGACGUCGGCGGCGCCGGCUGCGUCGAACGGUAGCGUCAGCGUAGGCAACGGUACCGGUAACAAGGCGGCCGACUACUACGUGCGCGGUGAUCUGCCGGCCGAGAUCGAGCUGACGCACCGGUCGAACGCAUCCAACACCGCGGGUCCGGUUCAAUAAUGGCGCGCGCCCGCGGCGUACUGUUGUUAUAAUUAAUGAUUAAUUUAUUUUAAAAACAACCCAACCCACAACCAAUUCGUGUCUACGAUUCCCGAUACUACUACUACUACUACUACUACUACUGCUACCACAACCAUCAACACCAACAACACCAUAACAACCACACGAUCGAUCCGUCGGUCGUGCACGUGCAACCGACAAAACCUAUUCCUUGUGCUGCUACCCCGUGAUGGUGAGAUUGUUUGCACCUUGUACGUUGCCUACUGGUGUGUCUGCUGGUCCCUUGCUCAUCUCAACUCAGGCAAAGUGCCGCCGUACCGGCGGAACGGAGAGAGCGCGGGCACGAGCACAAGGAAUGCACGCAUUCGACCAUCCCGGUUCCGGCUUCGAAAGGGAAGGCCCUGUGGCGUUCGCUACACUAUACUACCACUGGUUCUUCGCUCCGUUACGAUUCGUUGCGACGUCGGAUAGUGCGUCGUGAAGUGCGCUGCUUUGAAAAACCAUCGCGCAUCUGAUGGUAUCAGGGUCACGCGCCCCUAUCGUCCAGUUUAAUGCGUGGAUAAGAAAGUAUCCGCUGGAUCCGGUGUUUAUACAGUGAUGCUAUUUUGAUACAGAAAAAUGAAGAUAAAAACUAUACGAAUGAAAAACAAGAGAAAAAAACAGAACAAAACAAAAAAAACACAAGAACAAACAGAAACUGCUUGCGCAGCGAGUGUACAGGAAAAACAAGAGAGAGAGAGAAAGAAAGAAUUAACAAAAUGCAAAUGCAAGAUGAUACGGUGACAGUAGCAACUAUUAAGAAAGACGAGAGAGAUGCGCAAGAUAUGCAAAACAAUUGUAUAGGAAUGUGGUGCGUGCAAUAGCGCAAUGCGCGCAGUGUACGCAGCAGCAAUAGGGAAGAAAAGAGAAGAGAACAAUCAAAGAUUCACGUCGACGUUACAAUGAGUAACAAUAGGGGCGAAUAGACAAAAGGGAAAUUCAGGGCAACGUGAUAAGCGCGCGCGUGCCUGCAUACAGCGCUGCUGCUUCGAGCAGCGUGAUGAUAUCGAUAUCAGCACCGAUUCGACAACCGUUUCGUUGCUCCGUCGAGGUGCGUUGUUGAUGGUGCUGGGCUUUACCCGCCUCGAUGUGUCGCCGUUUCGCCUUUAAGCAUUUUCCCCUUUUUCCCCUUUUCUACCGCUGCCACAGCUUGAGAAGAUGUGGCUCCCAGAGGUUGCACCUCUUUCCCUCUCCUCCAUCUUCAACUCCCCCACCCGGGAAGCUAGGCGCAAAAGGCGAGCGAGCGAGUGCUCGGAAGUGAGUGAGGGUGUAUGUGUGUGCGUGUGUGCGUGUGUAUAUCUGUGUGUGUCCUAGCAUUAUAUAAGAGAGCGGAAGGGUUAAGCGACUCGCCAAUUCUAUUUUUCACCCCCUCCCUUUACGUUUAAGGAAUGAUUUUUAUUUUUCUUCUUUUGGAAAGCAAUAAAAAAGAGAGAAAAUACAUACACA